UAUGAACAAUUCGGUGUUUUUCAUGCAAGAUACCCUCUGUUUUCCCGCGGAUUAAUGCAAUCGUCGUCGGUUGCAUGCAGCAAAGCGAUGGGGGAAUUGAUAGAUUAAACAGUAGCCUAUUAUUAUGAUAAACGGAGACGCUCAUCCCAAAACCGUAUAUUUGUUUUAUAUGCCGAAAUGAGGCAGGGGGCGGAAAGUCGCCGCAGAAACAGUGGGUUUUGGCCAAACAUCACACAGUUUCAGUCCAUAAUUGACGUUAAAUCGUGGGUUUGCGUUGCUUUUGGUGCAAAAUUACCGAAUUGAGCGAAUUUUGCCAGAGAAAUGCAGCUUGCUUGAAGACACCCCAGAUAUCGGUUGGCUACUGCUGCCAUGACAGGUAGAGGUCUCCUCUCGACUACGGCUUCGCCGGUUGGAGAAUAAACAGGUUGAUUGGGACGUGAUCACAGCUGCGGAACUGCCAAUGUCGGGUGUUAUUAUUAGUGGAGCUUGAUCCUGUAAAUAUAAACGCAAACAUACAGUAAUUCGGGAAAAACUCAGGGAAAAUGUCUUCUCGUUCUGCAUUACCGUCUGGAAACGACAGGGGCACGGACCAUCAUGUGUCUCUAGCCGCCAGUCGCUCAGACAAGGGAACCAGCCUGUCCAGCCGCUCACUGGGCGCCCGCUGCAGGAACUCCAUCGCCUCCUGCUCUGAUGAGACUCCGCACAUCGGCAACUACCGCCUGCUUAAGACCAUCGGCAAGGGCAACUUCGCCAAGGUCAAGCUGGCCCGCCAUAUCCUGACGGGCAAGGAGGUUGCAAUAAAAAUAAUUGACAAAACUCAGUUGAAUCCAACCAGCCUACAAAAGCUCUUUCGAGAGGUUCGGAUAAUGAAAGGUUUAAAUCAUCCAAACAUAGUGCAGCUGUUCGAAGUGAUUGAGACGGAUAAGACCCUUUAUCUAAUCAUGGAGUAUGCCAGUGGAGGUGAAGUGUUUGACUACCUCGUCUCUCAUGGGAGAAUGAAGGAGAUUGAAGCCAGAGCCAAAUUUCGGCAGAUCGUGUCUGCUGUCCACUACUGCCACAUGAAGAACAUUGUCCACCGAGACUUGAAGGCCGAGAAUCUCCUGCUGGACGCCAACGCCAACAUCAAAAUCGCCGACUUCGGCUUCAGCAACGAGUUCACACUGGGCAACAAGCUGGACACGUUCUGUGGCUCUCCACCCUACGCCGCCCCGGAACUGUUCCAGGGGAAGAAGUACGACGGGCCCGAGGUGGACGUCUGGAGCCUGGGGGUCAUACUGUACACGCUGGUGUCAGGAUCGCUGCCCUUCGACGGGCAGAACCUCAAGGAGCUUCGUGAGCGCGUCCUGAGGGGGAAGUAUCGCGUGCCCUUCUACAUGUCCACCGACUGCGAGGGGAUCUUACGCCGGUUCCUGGUGCUCAACCCUACCAAGCGCUGCACCCUAGAUCAAGUCAUGAAGGACAAGUGGAUAAACGCAGGGUAUGAUGAGGAUUCCCUGAAGCCCCAUAUAGAGCCUGUCGAGGACUACAGUGACACUAGUCGCAUAGAGGUGAUGGUGGGGAUGGGCUUCACUCCAGAGGAGAUCAAGGACGCUCUGCUCAACCAGAAGUACAAUGAGGUCACCGCCACUUAUCUACUGCUGGGCCUCAAAAACGAGGAUGGCAGCGAGUCUCGUUUGGCCAGUACCCUGUCCCUGGCACGGAUCCGGCCCAGCCCCAUCACCAAUGGGACCAACAAACACUCCUCGGCCACUGCAGGCUCCUCUUCCUCCUCUUCCUCGCAUAGCAAGACCCAGCGCAGCGCCUCCACCUAUCACAGGCAGCGGCGGCACAGUGACUUCUGCGGGCCCUCCAUGCCCGUCAUGCACCCCAAGCGGAGCCCCACCAGCACGGGUGACCGGGAGCUGCGGGAGGGGCGCAUGCCACCUCGUAAGGCCAGCUGCAGUGUGAUGGGCAGUCGCUCGCUGCCCCCCUCCAGCCCCAUGGUCAGCAGUGCUAAUAAUCCCAACAAGUCAGAGAUCCCCGACCGCCGCAAGGAGAUGACGGCCACCACAGUGAGAAACAGUGAGAACAAUAUCCCAGGAAGUGCAAUGACCCGCCGGAACACAUACGUCUGCACGGACCGCUCCAGCACCGACAGACACUCCUUGCUGCAGAAUGGCAAGGAGAACAGCUCGCUGUCCCACCGCCUACCCCCCACCUCCCCCUCCACCCUGAGCAUCUCCGGGGCCUCCUCCUCUGGCGAGCGCUGCCGUCUGACACGGGGCUCCACGAUCCGGAGCACUUUUCACGGGGGCCAGUUGAGGGACCGGGGCCCGCCCGUCUACUCUGCCCCGCCCACCUCCCCCACGCUGUCCCACCACGACGCCAGUCCACUGCCGCACUCCCGCAGCCGCGCCACUUCCAACCUCUUUACCAAACUCACCUCCAAACUCACACGCAGGGUCAAUCUUGACCCCUCUAAGCGCCAGGGCUCAAACAAAUCAGUCUCGGGUUGUACCCUUCCCCAGGGAUCAAAAACAGUUAGGUCACAAAUGAACCUGAGGGAAUCUGCCGAUCUGCGGUCACAAGUCGCCAUUUACCUGGGCAUCAAAAAGCGGCCGAGCCCUGGGCCAUCGGAUGUGGCUGGAAUCUGAGGGUACCCCGGGGGCGGCGGGACCCAGCGGAGGUGGUGCUGGCUUUGCGGGUGGCUGCCAGGUCCACCACGUCGGCCCCUUCCUGCUCUC